CGUGAUUUAGCCUUGUGCUUUCAAAAAAGGGUUAUUAGAGCUCUUAUGAAACUUGGUGGCUCAUUGCAAGUUGCAAGUUUUACGCUUUCAUGUCCGGAUGGUGACGACCCCCUUAUCCACUAACACCACCAACUACCACCCCUUCCCAUCCUCCAGGUAAAGUGAUAUCACACGGUUUACAGCUGACACUGUCGCACCUCUCCUUCCUCCUUCCUCCUCCUCCUCCCCCCCUCUGUUGCUCUACCCACCCCGCCCCACCGGGACCGGCGGGCAGCGGGUGCCAAACCGCCCCCCGGGAGUCGCCGCGCUGAGGACGCGGCCAUGCCGAGCGAUGACACUCAGCAGCCGGACUACCGCCUCGUCUCCAGCGCUUCGCACAUGACGGGGAGGAUGCCAUGAGAUUUCCCACAGGCCCUCGCUUGCACCUGGCUGUGAGUGAACCGGGGGGAAAGAGGGGAUAACCGACGGCGGAUAAUGACGUGAUGGUUCCGGUUGUAGAGAGAGCGCAGGGGGGCUCCGGGCGUCUUUAAUGACCGGCGCUGGAGAAGGAAAUCACUGGACUUUAUUGUGUGUGGAGCCGCGAUCGAGACUGGACCGCAGUUCUACACAGAAAAAGAAAAAGAAACAGUCUCUCAAACAGGUUGCUGAGAUCUCAUCCGAUCUGAAAGGGGGCUUUGCAGCACAGUCGAAGAUGCUAUCCCCCAGAUGGUGACUUCUGCAGGUAAGGGGUUUCAGUGAGAGGAGGCUUUGAGAGUAACACUCCACAGGCCUGUCAUGGUUUGCUACCUUCUCACACUCCUCCAUCUCUGCAUCUCCCGCUGUCUUCUAAUGCAUUAUAGAAACCUUUGUUGGACGGUUUGAUGGAGAGCUGGUCGAAUGUCAGCGGGAACUAUUGUUAUAUCCGGAGGAAUUCUCGCCGGAGUGAUACUGCUGUGCAUUGUAGCAGUGCUCUGUUACUGUAGACUCCAGUAUUACUGCUGUAAGAAGAAUGAUUCUGAGGUGGAUAUGGGUUCCGUGGUGGGAGCGGACCCCCUCUCUCACUUUCCCUGCAAUGCCUGCAACGCCCUCGCCAUGGAUGGCGCGGCUAUCAGCCCAGUCUCUCUGGAUCAACUGGACACGGGUUCUCACCACAACCACUGCCCCACCUGUUCCCCGUACUCCCUCCGUUCUGGACUCACAGACAACAUGCGUAACGGAGGAGAGCGGCUGGGCUUCCACACCUACUACGAGAACCCAUCUGUCUCUCUCCCGCUGUCCUCCAACCCGCAGGGCUCCUCCCCUCUGAGUUACUACGGUCCCUCGGACAUGUUUCCUCCCCCACCACGCCCCUACAGCACCCAGGUCUGACCCACACUCACACAUACAGAAAACUAUUCUGACAUACUUGCACACACCUGACAUUUACACGUCUAGCACAUGCCCUUUUAUUGGGGACUAAAUUCAGGUGAUGGAUUACGAUACAGCACAGUUACACACACACACACACACACACACACACACACACACACACACACACACACACACACACACACAGACACCCACACAUUACUGCACACGCUCACUUCUUCCACAGGCUCAUUCAUCCAUUGGAGUGACCCAUAAACUGAGCCCACUGACAGAGCUUCUCUGUGGGCAACAAAUCCUUGGACCAAGCCCAAUGGGAGCUGCAGAUAGCAGCAUUAAGCAGGGAAAUGGUGCAGUCAUUCAAGUCGCAUUUGAAAGUGGUCAGGGACACGUGACCACGCAUGUAGUGUGAACACAAACGGGUCCCAAGGCACGCUGAACGACAGCCAAGUCAAUUUUCUUGUGUAGGUGCUAAGGAUGCAAAUUUUAAGCAAUUCCCAUAAGCCAUGUUAAUGAUCAGUUACCAAUUAAUCAUGAAAAGCUUAUGAAAUUAGAAAAACGCAUAUUUUUCCCCCAUGAAACCUUAUUUUAAACAAUUGCUGUGUACAACCCAAAUACAUACAGAUAUUUAAAUCAUAAGAAAAUAGUUUAAGUCAUAUAUUAAAUAAAACUAAAUAACACAACAUAAACCCAAAUAGAUAUUUAUUAUUAAUGUUUAAUUAUUAGUAAUUUUAUUAUCCAUAUUCAGUAUAUUAAAUUGUAUGCUUGACUGUUGUCAUUUUUUGCAUGUUCAGCUAAUAUGCUAGCACUGACUCUCUAGGUUAAGCUAGCUAUUAAUUAAUUAGAAGUGUAAUUGAACACAGUCUCUAUUAUCCCUGUAAUUAGCACCAAAUUACAUAGAUAUUUUAGAAAACUUAAUAGGAUAGCAUUAGGAAAUUAUUUGUCAAUUACAGAUCCAUAAAAUAAACCAAAUGUUCUGCUCCUGCUCCACCUGUUGUUAUUCACAAAUAACAAACUCAAUUAUAAAGUUACAGGACAUCAGUUAAAUUAGAUUAAACAAUGUACUUAAAAAUGUAUAUAACCAGUAAAAAACAACAGGAUUGGCUACCCUGAUGUCCAAAUUAUUGAUUAAUUAUUAGCAGUUUUGACAAACUUCCCAAACACUGGAUUUAUCUGAGGUGUUUUACAAAGUUAAAUCACCUUAUCCAUCAUACAUGAGUUUGUUUGUUUUUAGCAACAAUCAUACAUUUUUGCAUAACAAAAAAUAAGAUGAGAGCUGGGAGGUGACAUCCGGAGUAUUAUUGUGUGUUAGCUUUGUCUUUACAGUCUGAAGAAUGAAUCUGUUUACUUGAUACAGAAUCUGAGAACGACCGCCAGUUUCUGUUAUUCUCUCCUGCAUUGUUUCCCAGCUCUCUGCCUGUGCUGGUGUUAACUGAAAGUUUCACAUGCUGAGAAAACCCCCCUCUUCCUUUCCCCUCCAGAUUACUGUACAUGAGGGCUAACAGUUUUUCUAUUAAAUUGUUUUGGUUCAGAGGAAAGAUGUGAAGGAGAAAUACAAGUUUUAAAGCUUUUUUUUUUUUUUGGGUGCGGCAAUUAUUUGAAAAAGUCCAGUUUUAGUCUGCUUAGUUUGCUUGUAUUUUCACUUCUGGUUAAUUGUAAUGAGACUAGACUACUAAAAGGAUGGUUGGUUCUGCAGUGUCUUCCAUAUAAGUUGAUGUAUUUAACUUUUUCAUGUUUACAGAUUGAGAUGGGGGAAAAUAAAAGAGGCAUCUGCUGAUUUUAGAGAUGUUGUAGGCAGAAACGAGAUACUUGGGAUCAUGUACCAUACUUUGUUGAUCUUGAAGCUUAAGUUUUGUAUCUUAUAAGCCAUUAUCUGCUAUACAGUACAGUAACAAGAUGCAGUGUAUUCCACAGUAUAUGCCUGAAUCUAUAUAUUUUUAAGGAGUAUUGUAGUUUUUGUGAGGGAUGUCAGGGUUUAAGUGUGUUUUACUGAGUUUGUACCAAAUGUGAGUUUUCCAUACUCUUCGAUUAUUCUUCCAUCCUGAUAUUUCUCUGUAUUUCUGCCAGUUAUAAUACAACAGAGGAAAACAAUGAGAAGAGAAUGGAAAUGUACAUUUGAGAGCGGGAAAUUAACUUUAAAUUGUCCUUUAAAAUUUAGCUAAAAUAUAAAAAAUGUUAAAAAAUAAAAUAAUAUUUACUACAACAGAUAAAAGAUUAUUAAUUAAAAGACAUAUAAAAGAUAUUUAUUCAGUAUAUUCUCACACCACAUUGUUUCCACUGAGCUGUGAGCUUCAUUAUCACAUUUCCUAACUUUCCGCACCUCACAUUCCCUUGUUGUCAGAAGUGUGCUGAAUUAUAUCUGUAAAAUGACUUUUUUAAACAAAUUUAGAUGUCCACUCAGCAUUGGUGUUCACUGCCACAUAGCCAAUAUACUCACUCAAAAAAUGUGGUCCCCAUAGUUUGGUGAAAGGGGUUUAGUUUUUGUGUUCACCGGUUCUGUGAUGACCACAAAGAGCACCACUGCCGUAUGAGAACCAACCUGUUAUUUUUAGGUUCCUUUUUCUUGUUCUGACUGUUGAAAAUUGUAUUUUUCAGAUUUUUCUGUAUGAAACUAGAGUGAGUUUUGGUAUAACCUGAUACAGUUACAAAAAUCCACAGAGUUUCACAAAAUGUUCCUUUUUUGAGGAGGAAUAAAUGUUUAUAUCUGCCUGGA